AUGAACAAAAUUUUAUUAUCUUUACUUCUUGUCAGUAUUUGUCUCUUUUAAGAGGGUACAAAUUAUUAAAUAUUCAAGAAACCCUCAUAUAACUCGAAAAUGGACUCAGUUUGACCAAUCUUAAAUAACUAAUGACUAUGGAUUUUAACAAAUUAACCUGCUAGACUAAUUUAAUGUAGGUGGGUCAAUAACUAAAGAUGUGGGCUGAACUAUAUCAAGAUGAGAAAGUUAUACAUCAUGAAAUUCGGUUAUUGAGCAAAGCUCAUAAAAUACUAAACUAAUAAAGGUUUGAUAGAUUGAGAAAUACAAGUAAAGUUAAUUUAAUGAUAGACACUUUGCAUAGAGCAAAAAGGAUACUUGCUGCCUUGAGACACAAUACACAUAAGAAAGAACACACAAUUUAUUAGUAAUGGAGAGUGAAUGAGAUCAAGUAAUUGAAACAUUCAAUUUAAUUGUUAUAAUCAUCUACAAGUAUGAAUAUAAGUAAAUUUAUAGGUGAGGACGAUAGCAAAUAGUGUUGUGAUAGGAUUGAAUAGUUAAUCAACAAAUAUUUGGAUCAGAGAAAACAUAUCGCUAAAUAAUGUGGAAAUUCCGAUGUAAUUAAUAUUCUUAAAUUUAGAUAACAAUUAAUAUUAUUAAUGAUGCUGAAGGCAAAAUUUAGGUUGUCAAUAGAAAUUGUCAGGAAAGAGAACCUGAUGUAAAACUAAUAGAGUGGAUUCUAAUGAUAUAGUUAUUGUUGGAUAAUCAUAGUAAUUGAAGAAGGAAGAACAAAAUAUUGUUACUGAAAAAAAAUAAGAACAAGUUGUUGACGAACAUCACGAAUAAAAUGAUACUGUAAUAGAAGAAAUUGCUGAGGAAGAAGAAAUUGGCGAAGAAGAAGUUGAAGAAGAAAUAGAAAUAGAAGAAACAAUCAUUGAGGAAACUGUUACUACGACAACUUCAACUAAAGUUGUGGAAUUAACAAAAGAUGAUACUAAGGAAGUUGUUGAGGGAUAGAUAAUCUCAACUCAAGGUGUAGGAGCAUGUGGAGAAGGUGGUAGAACUUGA